GAAGCGGAAACACACUGAAGCACACAGACGAGUGUGACUGACAUAGCUAGCUAGCUCGAUCUCGCCGGAAAUGGCAGCUCGCGUCAUCCUGCUCCUCAUCCUCCUCAUCGCCUGCGUCGCCGUCCCGGCGGCGGCGGCGUUCGAGACGGUGUACGCGUUCGGCGACUCGUUCACGGACACGGGGAACACGCACUCGACGACGGGGCCCUACUCCUUCGGCUACGUGUCCAGCCCGCCGUACGGCGCCACCUUCUUCCACCGCUCCACCAACCGCUACUCCGACGGCCGCCUCGUCGUCGACUUCCUCGCCGACCGCCUCGCGCUGCCGGGGUUCCUCCCGCCGUACCUCUCCCCCGCCGCCGCCAACGCCACCCACGGCGUCAACUUCGCCGUCGCCGGCGCCACGGCCAUCGAGCACGAGUUCUUCGCGAGGAACAACCUCAGCGUCGACAUCACGCCGCAGUCCAUCAUGACGGAGCUCGCCUGGUUCGAGGCGCACCUCCGGCGGUCGCCCGCCGCCGCCAGGGCCGUCGGCGACGCGCUCUUCUGGGUCGGCGAGAUCGGCGCCAACGACUACGCCUACAGCUUCAUGGCCGCCACCACCAUCCCCCAGGACCAAAUCCGGAACAUGGCCGUCGACAGGCUCACCACCUUCAUCGAGGCAUUGCUGAAGAAGGGGGCCAAGUACAUAAUCGUACAGGGGCUACCUCUAACCGGUUGCCUGCCACUGACCAUGACGCUGGCCCGCCCGGAGGACCGCGACAACAUCAGCUGCGCCGCCACCGUCAACCAGCAGAGCCACGCCCACAACCGCCGCCUCCAGGCCAGCCUCCGCCGGCUCCGGCGGCAGCACCCGGCCGCCGUCAUCGCCUACGCCGACUACUACGCCGCCCACCUCGCCGUCAUGGCGGCCCCGGCGAGGUACGGCUUCACGGAGCCCUUCAAGACUUGCUGCGGCGCCGGCGGCGGCGCCUACAACUUCGAGAUCUUCUCCACCUGCGGCUCGCCGGAGGUGACCACCGCCUGCGCGCAGCCGGCCAAGUACGUCAACUGGGACGGCGUCCACAUGACGGAGGCCAUGUACAGGGUCGUCGCCGGCAUGUUCUUCCAGGACGGCAGGUACUGCCACCCGCCGUUCAGCACCUUGCUCGCCAGGCGGAACAAAGGCAAUUAAGCAAGUGAUCAUAUCUUUUCUGCCAUUAAGCAAUAUUGAUCAGUGUUGUUGUCUCUUUAGUAGCUAGGUGAUCAUUGAUCAGCAUUGCCAUUGAAGUAUUGAACUGAAUUCUGAGCAGCAUCAGUAUUAAGCUCUUCAUUCUUGAAUCAUUUUGUGACUUGUGUCAGCCAGGCAUACCAUGUGCCAUUAUUGUCGACGACAGAGCAUUCAAUAAGAAGAAACCUAGAGUUUUAGGUGAAGUUUCCACUUACCAGCUCUUGGCUUAA